AUAUUACUAUAGUAUUAUGUUGUAUAUGGAAGGAUGGCAACACUGAUAGACAUAAGCAUGUGUUUUUAAAAACCAGCUGAUUUUGAGGUUAGGUUUUACUUUUUGUACAUUUUUUUUAGAAUUUUCUACUAAAUAAAACUCAGCUUCGAUUCCUAAUUUGUGUAGUUCCUAAUUAUGUUCUUAAUUUCUGUCAGUUUUCGGCUAAAAAAUAUAUCGGAAAUAACUUAUAAAACGAUCAUUUUUGAGUGGGUGGUUUUCAUGUUUUGUUGAUUUUUCUCUGUAAAAAUGGAUAGAAAAAAACGUGUGGCGAUUUGUAUGAGCGAGAAAAAGUUUAAGAAGCUCAAUUUUCAAGAGAUAUGUAAAACUUGUGAUGAAUAUGGACUGGAAGCAUUUAAAUUGGAUUUAAAUUUAAGUUUAGAGGAGCAAGAACCUUUUUCUGUAGUAUUACAUAAGCUAACUGAUGUUAUAACGGCAUCCAAUGAGGGAGACAAAAAGACGUGUUUAAUAUUAAGUAAAAUAGAAAACUAUAUUAAAACCCACCCCAAUCUCAUAGUAAUUGACCCUCUUCCAAAUAUACAAAAAGUUCUGAACCGCUUCAUAACUUAUAAGACUAUUUAUACAUCUGUAUCUCACACAGAAAACAUAUUUACGCCUAAUUUCUGCGAGUUAGUCAAUCCAGACAUAAAAGACAUCAAGGAACAAUUAAGGCAAUCUAAUAUUACCUUCCCAAUUAUAUGUAAAGCAGUUCCAGGCCAUGGUUCACAAAACUCCCACCAAAUGUCCAUUAUUUUCAAUGAGAGUGGCUUAAAAGACUGUCGAAUACCUUCAGUUGUUCAAAAAUUCAUCAAACACAAUGCUAUUUUGUACAAAAUCUUUACUGUGGGUGAUAAGCAUAGCUUUGUGGAAAGGCCUUCCUUAAAAAAUUACAUGGCUUGUGAUUUAAGAAAAACCAUAUUUUUUGAGAGCACAAAUGUCAGUAAAUCUGACUCAAAGAGUGAGCUGAGCAUUUUGGAUCCACAAGAAAAAGUUAAGAAUUUUUUUCCAAAUCCAGAUAUAUUUGAUUUUAUUUCGAAGAGUAUAAGACAAGCUUUUGGUAUGGAUUUAUUAGGGAUUGAUGUUAUAAUAUGCAAUGAGACUGGGAAAUAUGGUAUUAUUGAUGUUAAUGCUUUUCCAGGAUAUGAUGGUUUCCAAAACUUUAACAAAUGCCUUAUAGAAUGUAUAUUACAAAAACUUAAUUAAUUAUUCUUUAUACAUUUCAUAUCCAACUGCCAAAUAUUAAUUAUUGUUGCUCAGGGUUUGUUCUUAUUAAGUUUUAACCAUGUUUAUAUUUUUAAUUGUUUAUUAUUAUAUUAUUAAAUCUUUGUGAGUAUAA